AGGAAGUGGAGAACGCAACCGAGCACAAACAAGCGAAAUGAAAAGGAAACUUCUAAUACUUCCCAUUCAGUUUGACAAAGUUUUGACAAACGAGUGAGCCAUUGCUGACAUUUAUCGAUAUUGACUGACUCUUUUUUUUUUUUUAAACGUGAACGUUACACCAUUACAGCUUUUUACUGUGCUCCUCGCUCGGUGUUGUUAGUAUUGAAUGGACAAUGGAAGAAAUACACAAGAAGCUUCUUCAGCGUAAUAGGACCAGUCUUGUGAAAGACUUGGACCCAUCAAAACUCUAUGAUGGCCUGCUUGAAAAAGGAGUUUUUACCCAAGACAUGGUCGAUGAGAUAAAGAGCUCAGGGACCAGGCGCGAUCAGGCCAGACAAUUAGUCCGGGACUUAGAGACCCGUGGGAGCCGGGCCUUUCCCUUAUUUCUGGAGUGCCUUCAGGAGACAGGUCAGCACAGUUUGGCAGGGCUCCUCCUAAAUGCUGCACCGCCAGCUGUUCAGCUCCAGCCUUCAACACCCACCCAGGCUGUGCGCCCUGUUGUCCAGCCUCUACCAGUUUAUUCUCCAAUGGAUGUUGAUAAGCAAAGGAAAGAUGUUGCCCCUGUCUAUCCAAUACAGAGACCCACUACUACUCCCAGUCCAUCACCGGAGAGGGAGUACUUAAGACCAAGGCCACAAGGCAGGACACGGCGGGACAGCAUUCAGAACUAUAAAAUGGAUGCGACCCCAUGUGGACACUGUCUCAUCAUAAACAACGUGGACUUUGAAGAGCAGAGCAGCUUGAACAAUCGCAAAGGGUCCAACAUAGACUGCGACAAGCUGGAGAGAAGAUUCAAGGCACUCAACUUCGAUGUGAAAGUGAGGACUAACCUGAAACAACGACAAAUCAAACAUGAACUGUCGGCGUUGUCUAAGAAGGACCAUUCCCAGUAUGACUGCUGUUUGGUCAUCAUGCUGUCCCAUGGGACUGAGGUGAGCCACAGCCGCUUCCCUGGUGCUGUGUAUGGUGUGGACGGACAGCAUGUCACAGUGCAGUACAUCACAAACUACCUCAAUGGCCAGAAUUGUCCAUCUUUACAAGGCAAACCCAAACUUUUCUUCAUUCAGGCCUGUGGAGGAGGUGAAAAAGACACAGGCUUUGAGGUGUCCCCCGAUGAGUCUCAACCACCCAUUGGUGGAGCAGAUGACCAGACGGAUGCCAUUCCGAUGUCCUCCAGCAGCGACUCUCUCAGCAUGUCUGAUGAACCGGAUGCCAGAGCCACACUGCCCACCCCGAGUGACAUUCUGGUGUCCUACUCUACAUUUCCCGGUUACGUGUCUUGGAGAGACACUCAGGCGGGUUCCUGGUAUGUCGAGACUCUGGACCGCAUCCUUGAGGAAAAUGCUACUACCGAUGACUUAGUCACAAUGUUGAUGAUGGUGAACAAUGAAGUCGCCCAAAACUCUGCAAAGGGGCUCUACAAGCAAAUGCCUGGUUCCUUUAACUUUCUCCGCAAACUUCUCUACUUUAAAACUCAAUGAUUUGAGUUGACAAAACUCUGUUCAACCCUCAGGGAAUGUUGGUCUAUUUAAUGUCCAUACAGCAUGACUGUGACAGUGAUUUAUUCUGAUUAUGUCUUGAUACAGUUGAAAGAUGUAUGCUACAUUUUGGCUGUGCUUUUACUGAUACAAUUGUAUUUGUAUUGUUUGUCAUGUCUUACUGUGUUUUUAAAUCAGGGUACUUUUCUAAAUGAACUCUUUAGGAAUAUACAGUAUGUCAUGUUGAAAAGGAAAUAUUUCCAUACUGUUAAAAUGUUGUUCACAUUAGUUUUUCUUUAUUUUGGUGUCUUAUAGACACAUUUCAAUUGUCAGUUUUCAAUAGGACAUAAUCAACAUACUGUUCAAUUUGUACUCUGCAAAGUGAUUUAAAAGACAUUUUCUUUGGUGACUUCUAUUUUAAGUCUGUUUAAAACAGGGAUCUUGCUGAUAUACUGGGAUUUUGUGGCAUUUUUUUGGUGAAAAAAAGAGGGAAAAAAAUACUUUCCAUUGACUAGAUAUGACCCAGAUAUCCUAGUCAAAUGGAAGAAAGGGGGAGAAACAAUCAGUUUGUCCUCUAUGUAAUGUACUCCAUAGGUGUCGAUUCCCCACAGGGAACGGAAGCAUUUCAUAUUCUUUUGCUGAUCUAUUGCUGAUUAUCACAACUGUUUUCUACAGCUGUAUAGUCCAGCUUUAGUUGCCUACACACACACUGUGCUAUAAUCACUAAUGUAAUACACAGCAAUGCCCAAGGUGAGAGUGAGUCAUCUAAAUCUAAUCAUGUAAAAUUUAAUCAGAUUGCAAGCACAGCAACACAGCUGAAAGUAAGUUAAACUUACUAGUUAACCAUUACAUUGUGAAGUCCUGUCCAGCUCUAAUAAACCUGUCUAUCAGUUGUGACAUACAGCAAUAUAAUAAACUCAACCAUAUUUUUUAAGAACUUACUUUCAAAGUUUAUUCAACUCUCCACCCAAUGAAGACCCAGCAGUAGUGCUGACAGCACUUAAACCUCCCUGAAAGUCAGAGGAAAAAUUAUACCUUUUAUAGUAGUUAUUUCAUUAUGUUGUUCUGAGCGUUAUUAUAGAUUUUUAUAUAUUAUUAUAUAUUGUCAUGCCAAUAUUGCUGCACAUGCUGCCACAAAGUUACAAUAUCUGAGGCUGAGAGUAAUCACAAGCUAAAAAGUCAAUAUUACUAAAUUCAGAUGACAUGAGA